CACACACACUCAUACACACUCACACACACGCCUCUCCGUGCUGAGCAGUCAACACCAUCAGCACUCAGCACCAGCACCGUCUCUGGACGCAGACACACGCAGACACCGACAGCCCGCACAGGGAAACACUGAUGCUGAGCUGAUCCACCGGGAUGCUGACAGCGAAGGAAAAAGAGGACAACAUCUAUAUUUGAAUCACUGGCAGUCGCUCAUCUGCAUCUCACUUACAGCACCGCGCUGAGCUCUGAACGCUGUACUGUACGCACUGUCACCUCUGCUCUGACCUGGCUGUUUGACAGGAAGUUCAGCAGCAGCUCCGGGGCUUUGGUCCCGUCAGACCCUGACCCCUGACACACUGCCCCCCUCCCUCACAUCACCCCCUCCCUCCCUCCCCUCUGCUCUCCCUGCCAUGUCCAACGACAGCAGCCUCCUCGGUGUGUGGGAGGCCUCGGAUUGGGCAGACGCCGCUCAGUGCCCGCCCUCGGUGGGAGGGGCCACUUUCUUGAUCGUAGCGUACAGUGCCGUCAUAGCAAUCGGGUUGCUAGGCAACGCAGGCCUAGUGUUCAUUAUCGCCCGGCAACAGGAGCUGCGUAACGUCACCAACAUCCUGAUCGCCAACCUGUCGUGCUCUGACAUCCUCAUGUGUGUGGUGUGUCUUCCCGUUACCGUCAUUUACACUCUGAUGGACCGCUGGGUGCUGGGAGAGGCCCUGUGUAAGGUCACCCCCUUCGUCCAGUGCAUGUCGGUGACAGUCUCCAUCUUCUCAUUGGUGCUGAUCGCUCUGGAGCGUCACCAGCUGAUCCUCCAUCCCACCGGCUGGUCCCCUGCUGCCGGACACUCCUACCUAGCCGUGGGGCUAACGUGGUUGGUCGCUUGCUUCAUCUCUCUGCCCUUCCUGUCCUUCAACAUCCUCACUAAUGACCCCUUCCAGAACAUCAGCCUGCCCACAAACCCUUUCAGGGACCAUCUGAUCUGCAUGGAGCUGUGGCCGUCGGAUAAGCAUCGUCUUGCCUACACGACUUCGCUGCUGCUCUUCCAGUACUGCCUGCCACUUCUGCUGGUGUUCCUGUGCUACCUCAGGAUCUUCCUACGCCUGAAACGACGCAGGUUUGGUGUGAUAUUUCCCAGUGAAAUGUCUGACAAUAGGCGUCACGCUGUGUUGUGCAGGGACAUGCUGGAGCGCAGCAGGAGGACUCGAGGAGCCCAGAGGAUUAACGUGAUGCUGUUGGCCAUCGUCAUAGCCUUCGCUCUGUGCUGGCUGCCGCUGAACGUCUUCAACACGCUGUUUGACUGGCACCACCAGGUCCUCCCCGACUGCCAGCACGACGCCAUCUUCUCGGCCUGCCACCUGACCGCGAUGGCCUCCACCUGCAUCAACCCCGUGGUGUACGGCUUCCUCAACAGCAACUUCCAGAGGGAGCUGAAGUCGACGCUGCAGCGCUGCCAGUGUGGCAACCGGGCGGCGGAGAGCUACGAGAGCUUCCCUCUGUCCACUGUGGGCAGCGAGGCCACGACGAAAGCCACCUCCCUCAACAGGAUGGGAUCAGUGUGCGUUCCCUCACCCAGACCUGAGGUCGGCUCAGCAAUACCGGCGAAAACAAUACCAGCCAACACCUAAUUAUGAGCACUAUGAGCUCUCGUCUGCCGAGUGGCUGGCAGGCAGAUGGCCUGUGAGUGGCUGACAGCUGGAACAGUGUGUGACAGGCAGGGCAGGAACAGCUGUCUGACACGAGUCAAAUACACUUCACUUCAUCUCCAUAACUUUCCUGUCGGAGUGGAACAGCUUGUUUGACUGGAGCACACUGUUCAGGGGCAGCAGACGGUGAGGGUGGAGGCUGGCUGGCGUAGCGUCAGAGUCCCAAACAUGAGAAGUAAAAUCUUGUAAAUGGACUCAGUCGAGGGAUGUGGAGAGAAGACAGGAGAGCUCGGGUAAUUGGCCGUUCGCUAAGCCCCACUCCCCAUCGCUAUUUGUGUUCGAGAUAAUGGCGACAGAUUAAUCGUGGAAAUUCAUAAUCGUUUUGAAAAUGACUGAUCCAUGAUUUUAAACAGAAGUACGCAAAAGCAGCUUCUCAUUUUUAGUAGAUUUUGGCAGCUUGGUCAGUUGGUUGAAAAAUCUGAGUUAGGAUUAUGACUAACUUUUUAAAACAUAGAAGAAGUCGUGAAUAUCCACUUGAUAGUGACAUAAAGACUAAAGCUAAACAUUUUAACACACAGGAAAAAUACUGUAUUAUAGACUGCAGAAAAGGAAAGUGUUUGUUCUAAUGUAACCAUGUUUAGCUGCUUACUAUUAACCAUACUUAAACAGAAUUAGCCGUCAUUGUUAAUAUUUUCAGCCAUUACAUUUUGAUUUUAAAAGAGAAAUGGCCCUCUGCCCCCCAUUUGUUUGACAAAGGCUGGAGCAAGCCGCUAAUGUUAGCUUAGCCUCAGAUGUGACCGUAUCUUGGAUUGGCUCCCACAGAGUGGACGUCUGUAACCCAAUGUCUUAAUGUACUUAGCUAAUUAUAUGCUAACUGUUAGCCGUGGAGGCAAAGAAAGUUAUGAUAUGCUAAAGAUAUGCUAAUAGUUGCAGCUUAGAGCAGAUAAACACACAGUUUAAUGAAAUCCUUACAUUUUUGCUUGUGUAUUUUUGGAGUUUGGAAAGCUGAUAAAAAUACGUGACAUUGUAAACUCUUCACUUUGCCAUGUUAUGGACCACUUGC